CCGGCGCUCAGGCCGGGUGAGGUGUUCCGAAGCCUGUCCAGCAGAAGGCGCUGCUGGCGGAGGCUGGCCCGGGACCGGAAGCCGGGCCGGAGGCGGCCGGGCGCCCUCGCCGACUCCUCCCGCUUCCGCUGCCGCAGCCGCCGCAAGUCCGCGCCGACGUGCCGUCCGCCCUCAGCUGCUACCCCCGCUGCCGAGAUGCCGCUGGAGAACCUAGAGGAGGAGGGUCUGCCCAAGAACCCCGACCUGCGCAUCGCGCAGCUGCGCUUCCUGCUCAGCCUGCCCGAGCACCGCGGGGACGCGGCCGUGCGCGACGAGCUGAUGGCGGCCGUCCGGGAUAAUAACAUGGCUCCUUAUUACGAAGCCUUGUGCAAAUCCCUCGACUGGCAGAUGGACACGGACCUGCUCAAUAAAAUGAAGAAGGCGAACGAGGAAGAGUUGAAACGUUUGGACGAGGAGCUGGAAGAUGCAGAGAAGAAUCUGGGAGAGAGCGAAAUCCGGGAUGCCAUGAUGGCCAAGGCCGAGUACCUGUGCCGGAUAGGCGACAAGGAGGGUGCUCUGACAGCCUUUCGCAAGACAUAUGACAAAACUGUGGCCUUGGGUCACCGACUGGAUAUUGUGUUCUAUCUUCUUAGGAUUGGAUUAUUUUAUAUGGAUAAUGAUCUCAUCACACGAAACACAGAGAAGGCCAAAAGCUUAAUAGAGGAAGGAGGAGAUUGGGACAGGAGAAACCGCCUAAAGGUAUAUCAAGGUCUUUACUGUGUGGCUAUUCGUGAUUUCAAACAGGCAGCUGAACUCUUCCUUGACACAGUGUCAACAUUCACAUCCUAUGAACUUAUGGAUUAUAAGACCUUUGUGACUUACACUGUCUACGUCAGCAUGAUUGCCUUAGAAAGACCAGAUCUCAGGGAAAAGGUGAUUAAAGGAGCCGAGAUCCUCGAGGUGCUGCAUAGCCUUCCAGCGGUCCGGCAGUACCUGUUUUCACUCUAUGAGUGUCGUUACUCAGUUUUCUUCCAGUCCUUAGCUAUUGUGGAACAGGAAAUGAAAAAGGACUGGCUUUUUGCUCCUCACUAUCGUUACUAUGUCAGAGAAAUGAGAAUUCAUGCAUACAGCCAGCUGCUGGAAUCCUAUAGGUCAUUAACUCUUGGCUAUAUGGCAGAAGCCUUUGGUGUUGGUGUGGAAUUCAUUGAUCAGGAGCUGUCCAGAUUUAUUGCUGCAGGGAGACUACACUGCAAAAUAGAUAAAGUAAAUGAAAUAGUGGAGACCAACAGGCCAGAUAGCAAGAACUGGCAGUACCAAGAAACUAUCAAGAAAGGAGAUCUACUACUAAACAGAGUUCAGAAACUUUCCAGAGUAAUUAAUAUGUAAAACCAUGUAAACAAAGGAUUUCCUUUAGAGAUAACUAUUUGGAAUUUUUAUAGUUUACUAUGUACCCAGUUCAGCUGUAUAAAAUAAAUAUUGCAUUGUUGUUCCUGUU